AUGCCCAUCUCAAUAGGCCUAGAAGGCUCGGCCAACAAGCUCGGCGUCGGUGUCAUCCUGCAUCCCUCCUCUCAGGCCGACAGUCCGCAAGGAUCCCCAGCUCCCGCAAAACACGACAGCCCUCCGGUUCAGAUCCUCUCCAACCUGCGCCAUACCUAUGUCUCGCCUCCCGGCUCUGGCUUCUUGCCAAAGGACACGGCUGCUCACCAUCGUCGCUGGGUCGUUCGUUUGGUCAAGCAGGCUAUGAAGCAGGCUCGCGUCGAGGUUGACGACAUUGAUUGUAUCUGCUUCACCAAGGGUCCUGGCAUGGGCGCCCCUCUUGGUGCCGUUGCCGUUGCUGCUCGUAUGCUCUCCCUGCUCUGGGACAAGCCCCUUGUCGGUGUAAACCAUUGUGUCGGCCAUAUCGAGAUGGGUCGUGCCAUCACCGGUGCCCAGAACCCCGUCGUCCUUUAUGUCUCCGGUGGAAACACUCAAAUCAUCGCAUACAGUGCCCAACGAUACCGCAUCUUUGGUGAGGCCUUGGAUAUCGCUGUCGGCAACUGUCUGGACAGGUUUGCACGCGUCUUGGCUAUCAGCAACGAUCCCGCUCCCGGUUACAACAUUGAACAAAUGGCAAAGAAGGGCGACGUCCUGGUCGAGCUUCCAUAUGCCGUCAAAGGCAUGGACGUCAGUUUCUCGGGCAUUCUCGCCCGUAUUGAAGAAUUGGCAAAGAAGCUGGAGGCUGGUCAGAAUGGCAAGACCGAGCCUUGGAAGGAUGAAGAGACCGGGAAGGACAUCACGCGUGAAGACUUGUGCUUCAGCUUGCAAGAGACUGUCUUUGCUAUGCUGGUCGAAAUCACAGAGCGUGCCAUGGCUCAUGUGGGCGCAAGCCAGGUUCUCAUCGUCGGUGGUGUCGGCUGCAACAUAAGACUACAAGACAUGAUGGGCAUGAUGGCGAGCGAGCGUGGAGGAAGUGUCUUUGCCACCGACGAGCGCUUCUGCAUCGACAACGGCAUCAUGAUUGCUCACGCUGGUCUGCUCGCUUAUCGCAUGGGUCAGACGACCGACAUCAAAGACAGCAGCUGCACACAAAGGUUCAGAACCGACGAGCCGUUGAUCAAUUGGAGGGAUUAA